GUACAUCGUUAUUUAGAUCACAUGUAUGUCAUAUUAUAACUAGUUCUGAUUUAAGUUAUUCCUUUAGAAAAUGAGUCAAGCAGCUGGCAAUGACGGACAGGCGGUCCCAGAGGGGGAGCCUGAGCACGCGAGCGUGCACACUGAAGCAUCGAGCUUCACACCUCAGCAGGCCUCCGAGCAGGCGGUCCCGGGCGUGGGCCCUAUACCGGAAGCCAUCCCUAUUGUCCAGCCGCACUUCGCGGCUAACUUCAUGAACUUCCUCCAGCAGAUGGCUGGAGCUUACGUGCCACCGCCACCACCGCCGCCACCAGUGGCGGUAGUCACUCUCGAGAAACUCCGGAAGAAUGGAGCUGAGGAAUUCUUGGGCGAUCAGAUCGCCGACCCCAUGAUUGCCAAACGGUGGUUUGAGCGAACCAUCCGAGUGUUGGGGAACCUGAGGGUUCCACAGGAACAGCGUGGCGACCUCACAGUCGCAUUACUUCAGGAUUCCGCCUACGACUGGUGGAAGCGUGUGGGAGCAGGCGUCCCGGAGCCCGUGCAGUGGGCCACAUUUGACCGACUCUUCCACGAAGAGUACAUCCCUGAGCACUUCGUCGAGGCGAAGCGGGAGGAGUUUUUGAAGUUCACCCAGGGUGAACUCACACUGCCUGAGUAUCGUCAGACGUUUGAAGAGCUCGCGGGGUUUGGGCUAGACCUCGUACCGACCGUGGAGAAGCGAUGCAAACGCUUCGUGGAGGGUUUACGUCCCGACCUUUCGACCCAUCUGAUCAUUGCUCCCCGGAGUGACAUCAAUGCAUUGUACAAGAAUGCGUUGGAUUUGAACGCGAACCUCAUCAAGAAGGCUGAGUAUGAGCAGACACUAGGAGUGUCAUCGGCACCAUCUCGUCCUCCUCCACCCCAGAAGGCGGGGACCAGCAGCAAGAGGUCCUUUACAGCGCCAAGCAACUCUCACCAGAGUAAGAAGGUGAAGCACCCAGGAGAGUGUUGGUACACUCUUGGCCUGUGCCUUGGGUGUGGCCAGGCCGGGCAUUUCCGAAAAGAUUAUCCGAAGAAUCCGGGUGAGGCAUUCUCGACCGCACCGGCCGCUCCAGCCCCAGCAGCGCAGCCCGCCCAGAGUCAGAAGUCGGCGGCAGCAUCUAGCCAGCCCAAACGGCAGGCAUCUGGCGCUCAGGCGGGGAAGGCCCGUACUUACGCAAUGCGAGGGCGUACCGAGCAGCCCGCCCAUGACGUCAUCAUGGGUAUGUUCACCUUAUUCGAUACAUCUAUUACAGCUUUGAUUGAUCCGGGUUCCACUCUAUCAUAUGUUUGUAUGCCUAUGCCUGUUAUGCCUAACAUUCCGAGGGAAAAUUUAGACAAUCCGGUAUUAGUAUCCAACCCAUUGGGACACAGUCUACGACUCACCCAUGUGUAUCACGAUUGCCCAUUAGUGGUCCAGGGAAAGAUUUUCCCUGCGAGUCUCAUUGAGCUUCCACAUCGUGAGUUUGACGUUAUUCUGGGCAUGGAUUGGCUCACCGCCAACCAAGCCGUUGUUGACUGUGGAGUUCAUACUGUUCGACUGAGAGCCGAAGACGGUAGUGACGUACUGAUCCAUGGUGAGCUUCUUCCGAAAGCUCCAGAAUUCAUUUCCUACAUUCAUGCUCGUCGACUCAUUCGCAAGAAGUGUGAAGCAUUCUUGUGCACAGUGCGUGACACUUGUCAGGAGGCGCCUGCUGAUACGGUCACACUUGAUGAGAAUCUUACGUAUGAGGAGGAGCCGGUUGAGAUUCUGGCUCGUGAGGUCCGUCAGUUGAGGAACAAAACCAUUCCGCUGGUCAAGGUUCUGUGGAGAAGUCAUACCGUCGAGGAGGCGACAUGGGAAACCGAGGAAUCCAUGCGCACUCGUUAUCCACAUCUUUUCAGUGAUCACUGAUCAGAUGAAAACUAAACAGUUAGUAACGUG